AUGGCCCCCCCGAGCGGCGCGGGCAAGCGCGUCAAGGGCUGCCAGAUCUUCCGGCCCUUCGUCUACGGCACCACGGCGCGGCCCUUCGACGACAAGACCAACCCGAAGCCGCCCGGCGUUCCGGACGACCACACGCACUCGUGGCAGGUCUUCGUCAAGGGCGUCGACGACACCGACAUCACCUACUGGCUGCGCCGCGUGCAGUUCAAGCUGCACGAGUCGAUCCCGAACCACGUGCGCAUGGUGGAGAGCGAGAAGGGCAAGGCCUUCUCCGUCGACGAGACGGGGUGGGGCGAGUUCGAGAUCACGGUCAAGCUCUACUACGUCUCCGAGUCGGGCGAGAAGCCCCAGACGCUGUACCACCACCUGCGCCUGCACCCCUACGGCCGCACCGACGCCGAGAAGGAGGCCAUGCGCGCCAACGGCGAGGUCGUCGCCUGGACCUACGAGGAGCAGCUCUUCAACGAGCCCUACGACGCCUUCUACGAGGUGCUCACCACGGGCGCCCUGCCCUCCUCCUCCUCCGGCAAUAACACCAAGGGCGCCAAGGGCGGCAAAGGUGGCAAGGGGAAGCAGGCGGCGGCCGCGGCGCCGGCCCGGUCCGAGGGCGGCGUCAUCGAGCGCAGCGCCAUGAUCCCGCUGCAGACGCGGCCCGGCCAGCCCUUCAGCCGCGAGACGGAGCAGGCCGAGAUCAAGAAGCUCAAGGAGGCGCAGGCCAAGGUCCAGGAGCUGACGCACAAGAUGGCGGCCGAGCUCAAGGCCAAGGAGGAGCGGCUCGCCACGCUCAAGAAGGAAGCCCACGCGGCGACGGCCUAG